UCCAAGAUGGCCGCCGAGCCGGGCGGCGGGCGGCCCAGAGCUUCUCGGCCGCUGCUCGUCGCCUUCAUGGCCGCGCUGCUGGGCUGCGGCCGCGCCGCCGCCCCUUCGCCCUUCUCGUCCUCGUCCUGUCACCACCGCGUGCCCAGCGGCGAAGAGGCUGUUUAUCGAGUUCCUCUAAAGGAAAACCGCGUCUUGAAGAGAAAUGUGGAUCAGCAGCUGAGAAUUAAGAUUAUAUACGACACAAGUGUUGAGGAUUUGCUACCUGAGAAAAGUCACCUUAUAAAGAACAAACUUUUUCCACAAGCUAUAUCUUAUUUGGAGAAGACAUUUCAAGUGCGUAAAUCCACGGGUACCAUAUUACUAAGCAGGCAGUGUGCGACAAACCAAUAUUUGAGGAGGAAAGCCGACCCUCACAGGUACUGCCAAGGAGCCUGCGCAAGCCAUACAAGAUGUGGGCCAGUUAUAGUUCCUGAGAAACACCUGCAGCAAUGCAGGGUAUGCAAUGAGAGUGAAUGGCACUGUGGACCCACGGGCUUACCUGACCAAGAAGGAGUUCGAGAUGCUGACUUUGUACUUUACGUUAGUGCUCUCACUACUGAAAGGUGUGGCCAUGAGAAUAUCAUUGCCUAUGCAGCCUACUGCCAGCUGGAAGCUGAAAUGGACAGGCCAAUAGCUGGCUAUGCCAACUUGUGUCCAAAUAUGAUUUCAACACAAGCACAGGAAUUCGUUGGCAUGUUGUCUACAGUGAAACAUGAGAUCAUCCAUGCACUGGGUUUCUCUGCUGGACUAUUUGCAUUUUAUCGUGAUGACGAUGGAAAACCUUUGACAGCAAGAUAUGCAGAUGGACUCCCUCCUUUCAAUGAAAGUCUAGGUUUGUAUCAGUGGAGCAAUAAAGUCGUUCACAAAGCAGUGAGGCUGUGGGAUGUACGUGGUGGCAAAAUGCUGCGACACGCUGUUUAUCUGCUGAUUACACCCCGUGUAGUUGAGGAAGCUCGAAAACAUUUUAAUUGUCCAAUUCUAGAGGGAAUGGAGCUUGAAAAUCAAGGUGGAAUGGGUACUGAGCUCAAUCACUGGGAGAAGAGAUUGCUGGAGAAUGAAGCAAUGACUGGAUCCCAUACACAGAAUCGAGUCUUUUCCAGGAUCACCUUAGCGUUAAUGGAAGACACGGGCUGGUAUAAAGCAAAUUACAGCAUGGCAGAGAAAUUAGAUUGGGGACGCAAUAAAGGCUGUGACUUUGUAAUGAAGAGCUGUAAAUUCUGGAUUGACCAAAAGAGACAAAAGAGACAAUUAAUCAGUCCAUACUGUGACACUUUGAGGAGUAACCCUUUACAGUUAACCUGCAGACAGGACCAAAGAGCAGUAGCAGUGUGCAACCUGCAGAAAUUUCCAAAGCAGUUACCUCAGGAAUAUCAGUAUUUUGACAACCUUAAUGGAGUACCAACAGAAGAAUUGCCUUAUUAUGGUGGCUCAGUAGAAAUUGCUGACUAUUGUCCCUUUAGUCAGGAAUUCAGUUGGCAUUUAAGUGGUGAAUUUCAACGCAGCUCAGACUGCAGAAUAAUUGAGAACCAACCAGAUCCUACCAAAAACUAUGGUGCAGAGAAAUACGGUCCCAACUCUGUAUGUCUGAUUCAGAAAUCUGCUUUUGUCAUGGAACAGUGCAGGAGGAAACUCAGUUACCCUGACUGGGGUAGUGGAUGUUACCAAAUUUCUUGUUCUCCACAAGGGCUGCACGUUUGGGUCAAGGACACUGCAUACUUGUGCAGCCGCUCAGGUCAGGUACUAACUGUCAGCAUUCAGAUGAAUGGCUGGAUCCAUGUGGGCAAUCUGAUUUGCCCAGCCUGUGCUGACUUCUGUGACUCCUGUCCCCCAGAGCAGGAUCCUCCAGCUUCUAACUUCACGAGAGCUGCACCCAUCGACUUAUGCUCCUGCUCAUCUAGCCUGGUUGUAACCCUUUGGCUGUUGAUGGCUAACUUAAUUCCCCUGCUAACAGGAUUAUUUCUCUGCGCAUAGAGUAAAGCACGGAGCAAGAAGAUGUUCCAAGAUGAUACACCAUCAUGUUGCACUCCUUACUGUGGAGCACAGAGUUUUUUGUCUCUGCAGACAACUGUCUUCUGCUGAACCUCAUCUCUCCUGGCAAGUAUUGGUGCAGGUGGUAGUCAGGGAGGCACUGACAAAUUAGCUAGAGCGUGAGAGGAGGAACAUUUACCUUGUAGUCUCAGUAAGUGCCAGUAUCUGCCUGAAUUGCAACCUUUGAUUUGGCACAGUAAGGAGAUCAACUAUGCCAGCUGUGUUAGACUACCUGGCAACUCGGGCAAGAUUUGAAAUGAGAACUCUUCUGUAAUAGAACUGAGAGCUGUUUUGUUGUUGUUGUUGUCCUCUGUGUGACUGGUAGCAAAGCAUCCUCAAACUGCAAAUAUACCUCAGUGGUUUGGUCAAAAGCCAUGUACAAAUCAGUUGUCAAUGCUAAUAACCCAGGCCUAAACAAGUGUGGCAAUUCUUUUCUUUCUUUUGUCAAUUCUUACACUUUAUGAGGGAAGAAAUAAUUUAAUGGGUUAGACCAGCUGUUGGCAAUUGCCUCCAACUGCAUUCUGCAGCUUUGGGGCUUCUGAGAAUUCACACUAGUUUGCAGUGGAGCAAAUAAUUCUUGGGCUUCACUUAAACCUUCCUACAUGCACAAAGGGGAAUUUCAGACUGGUAACUAAGACAACUGUCAGAAGUCCCGUUCUCAUUUAGUGUGUUCUGCUGUGACAUUUAAUACAUCAAAUGUUUGAAUAUUCUCAGAGUAAUUUGCUAGGCAGAUGCAUCCAGGCUGUGAAAUUGUGAUAGGAUUUCUGGUUCUUUUUAAUUUUGUUAGUUUCUUUCUUAAGUAAUGGCAUUCUAGAUAUUUAUUUUCAUAUUAUGAACAUAAAUGCAGCUGCUCUCACUUUUUGAUGAAGGCCAAAUCAGUAGCCAUGGCAGCUAUAAUCUUAUAGGACCAUGUUGAUUCUCUAGACCAAAAACUAUCAAGCAUGAAAAGAAAAGGUCAAUACAUCUUCUUUGGUUUUUUUUCCUUUUUCUUGGAUAGAAAUAUUAAAAUAAUUCAUAGUAUUUUUCUAAUGCAUUAAGAAUCACACAUUUUGAACCACAUGAGGGCAAAGCUUGGUACAAAAUUAAUCACUUGAUGGACAAAGAGAAAGGAAAUGAGCAAAGUCUGUCCAGUUGAGGACAGCUGCUCCGUAGGAUGCCUGUAAGGAUGUUUUUAUUUGUUUCUCACACUAUAAUGUGUUACAAAUAAUCUAGUUGAGAUUCAAAUGAACUCUUAUAUGGUCCCCAAUCCAUUGUCUGUCUUGUUAGGAUAGUUUUAAUUCUUUGGAAAAGUGUUAAAUGUGAGUGAGCAGAUAUGCCCAGUGCCCUAAAAAUGCAAAUAGAGGGAGAAACAUUAUGUUUCUUCUUUAAAGUGCUGCAGUGUUUGAAUUGUCAGUGACUAAUCCCUUUCUCCAAUGAAAGGUAGGGGAUGGAAGGGAUAGGGAGUAAAAGAUACUUUGUGAUAACUAAACUUGUUUAGUAAUAGGACUUCCAUUGUAAUUGUAAGAAAAUCUUUGUGCCUACUGGACUUGGCUUUAGUUUAUUUAAGAAACUCCUCUGACACUGCUGAGGUGAGUGAGCUGCAACAGAAAACUCUCUGAAGGCACCACAGUUGUGAGAGUACCUUGCACUGGGCUAGUUCCCCUUCCUAACAGCAGGUGAAGUUUGCUUUGUCUUCUACAGGGCCUAGACUAGCCUUAAAUUGGUGUUUUGGAGAAGCAAUACAAAUUAGGAAUCAAAAUGCUUUAAAUGGGUGCAAAUUCAGAUGAAGAAAUACUCAGAUGAACGAGUGAACGCUGGUUAUUUUAAUAUAUGCACAAUCUACAGUCGGUGUGAGUGGAUUCCUUGAAGACACUAAGGUUUGAGAAUAUAUCCUGGGUCCCAGAGGUUGAUAUUGUAUUUUUUUGUCUGUUGUGCAAUAAUGGUAUCACUCAACAACAAUGCUUUUGAUACUUGAAAAGAAAAUAUGGGUUAUUUUUUCUUACUGUGAACUACUUGCACUGUCUGAACUUUCUGGUUGACUUUAUAGCUGUUGAACUUUUUUACUGGUGUUAAUUUAUUGUGCUUGGUAUUUGAUAUGCUGGUCUCCUGUCUGUGUGUGACACUGGUCAUAUUUAAGUCAGUAUUUUUACCUGCUACACAGUUGUUUUGUCUCGAGGGCUUUUCUUCUUUGACUCUCUCUUCCUGAGAAUUAACUGAAAGGUGACUUGAAAAGUCAAUGCUUAUCUACACUUCUGAAUUGUAUGCAUUAAUUAAAGAAAGAGGCUGUAGCACUUUGUACCUGCAGGGAAAAAUCUAUCUGCCUGUGGGAGCUCUUGUGGUCAGCUUCACUAGUACCUGCUGAGUAGCUGCAUUGGUGAAUCCAGUGAAGUAAAACUAUUGCUGCCUUAAUAAUCUGAGACUUCAGUCAUCAUUUCUUUGACGGGCAGCCCUUCAGCUGGCUGUGAGCUGCAGAACUGGCUGGGACUUUGGGGAGUCAGAGGUAGGAGAAGGUACUUUAGUGGGCAAAAUUCAAUAUGUUGCAUCCUGUUAGUGUGUUCUUAGCUGUAGCUGGGUUGGAACUGCCAUGAAAUGUGUCAAAUUCAAUUUAACGUGAGAAUAGUGACUAUCAAAAAGAGGAUUUGAGUAAAACUGACUACCUCAGUUCUAUCUGUCUUUAAGCUUCAAGCCUGCUGUGAACUUUCAUAUCUUAAGAUGACUUUAAGUAAAAGCAUGUCUCAGGUUUUUAAGAGCAAAAUAAAUACAGUACAAAGCAGUAGAACACAGCUAAAAUUGUGGCUUGAAGCCAUCAGUUAUGUAGUCUGAAGUGUAGUUUCCCCUGUGGAAGUCAAUAUUGCAGACACACACUUGAGGUGUCCUGAGCAUAUUGUGGCGAGUCCAUCCCACUGCACCUCUCACAUGGGAAAACUUGGAAAUACAGCCCAAAGGAGCCUUUGUUUUCAGCAGAGUAGCUGGGGUAGCAGGAGCCCUGGCAGUAGUACUAAAGUGACAAAGGAGUCUGCUUGUCUGCAGCACAGACAUUUCCAGUAUGUAGCAUCCACAGGUUUAAUUUUUCAAAAGCCUUCCAUGUUUGCCUCCAGAACUGAGUUGGAUCUCUUGGGUUUUUUUACCCCAGCAGUUCAAAUCUGUACUAUUUCAAUCAGAAGUUGAGAUGAGUCCUACUUCAGGAAGGCAUUUUGCUAGUGUUUCAAACAAUUCCAGGGAGAAAGGACAGCUUUUGCCUGGAGUAUGCAGCGAGGAAAAUGACACUGAAAAGCAAAUAACUGAGUGUCUUUGAAAUAAGCCGAGGGCUUGGGAGGCUGUUCACAACCUGAGGCAUAGGUUAAUUACUGAGAGAGAAUUUUGACCCCCAUUAAUUGCCUGUCAGUCCAAUGCAGCUUACUCUGCUGAGCACUAGUAAAUUGAGAAGGCUGACAUCACUUAAGAGCAGACAUGUCCACAGUCCCUUACAAGGGCCUGUUCUCUUGAAAUCUUCCCAUCUUGCAGAUCUUUCUGAUUGAACAUAUGUCAGUAGAGAGGGAGGCAUCUCUCCAUCCUUCCCUGUGUUUCCUAGGAGUGGCUUUCAGCCAGCUGAGCAGGUCAAGGUCUUUCACCUGCAAGACUGAACCACCAGCUUCUGCUUGGCCAAAAGUGUAGGCACGUGCUUGCAUCUGUUGCUCCUCAGGUUCUGGCUCUGCAAUGGCAUCUUACACUAGCAGACUUCCACAAUGCAAACGUUGCCUUUCUCAUGUGAAUCUUACCUUGGAGAUAAAAACUGUUUUGGGAGAACUGGCUGACCUUGAACGUUGUGUUUCCUAUUUUGGUGCAGAAUGUAAAUAGAGAACAAAGUAUUUUACAUAGAUUUUGACUGGACUGAGAUAUAAGGGCUAAUUUUUGUUAUUUAUGGAUUACAAAUUUCCUUAUUUUGCUGUUUAAAAGAGGUACGUCCUACUAAAGAGAAAUUGUUCAUCAAUAAAA